GGAGCCCCGCGCCCGCCCGCAGCCGCCGUCGCCGCCAGGAACCCCCUUGUCCGGUCUGCAGCCAUGGCCACCUCAGCGAGCUCCCACCUGAGCAAAGCCAUCAAGCACAUGUACAUGAAGCUGCCGCAGGGGGAGAAGGUCCAAGCCAUGUACAUCUGGAUCGAUGGGACGGGGGAGCACCUCCGCUGCAAAACCCGCACGCUGGACCACGAGCCCAAGAGCCUUGAAGAUCUCCCCGAGUGGAAUUUCGAUGGCUCCAGCACCUUCCAGGCUGAAGGCUCCAACAGUGACAUGUACCUGCGACCUGCUGCCAUGUUUCGGGACCCUUUUCGCAAGGAUCCCAAUAAACUAGUUCUCUGCGAGGUCUUCAAAUACAACCGCCAGUCUGCAGAGACAAAUCUCCGAUACACCUGCAGGCGGAUUAUGGAUAUGGUGUCCAACCAGCACCCCUGGUUUGGGAUGGAGCAAGAGUACACUCUUCUGGGGACAGAUGGACAUCCAUUUGGCUGGCCUUCCAACGGCUUCCCUGGACCCCAAGGUCCGUACUACUGCGGUGUAGGGGCAGACAAAGCCUAUGGCAGAGACAUUGUGGAGGCCCACUACCGAGCGUGCCUUUACGCUGGUGUGAAAAUUGGAGGAACCAAUGCAGAAGUGAUGCCAGCCCAGUGGGAGUUCCAGGUGGGACCAUGCGAAGGGAUUGAGAUGGGGGAUCACCUCUGGAUUGCACGCUUCAUCCUCCAUCGGGUGUGCGAAGACUUCGGUGUCAUUGUGUCCUUCGAUCCCAAACCCAUCCCUGGGAACUGGAACGGUGCUGGCUGUCACACCAACUUCAGCACCAAGAACAUGAGGGAAGACGGAGGUCUCAAGCACAUUGAAGAUGCCAUCGAGAAGCUGAGCAAGCGUCACCAGUACCACAUCCGUGCCUACGACCCCAAAGGGGGGCUGGACAAUGCCAGGCGCCUGACGGGUUUCCACGAGACAUCCAACAUCCACGAGUUCUCCGCUGGCGUGGCCAACCGUGGUGCCAGCAUCCGCAUCCCCAGGAACGUGGGCCAUGAGAAGAAGGGCUACUUCGAGGACCGCCGGCCCUCCGCCAACUGUGAUCCUUACGCUGUGACAGAGGCCCUCGUCCGCACGUGUCUCCUCAACGAAACUGGAGACGAGCCUUUUGAGUACAAGAACUAAGCAGACUGCGCCCACAGACACCGCCUUCCCCCCACACUUCCCGCACCCCUAAACUUCCCUUCUAGAUGUAAUCCCGAGGGUACAAGAUAACACGUUUUGUGUCUCAGUAACUCUUGUUGUCUUGAGGUGGGGAGGAGGGCAAAUUUAGUUUUAUCAAUGUCUGUUUGUCAUUGACUCUUCAGAAGACGGGAGGAGGAGGAGAGGGUGUUAGAGAACUUUUAACCACUGUUUUAUUUGUCUAAUUCGUCUGUACAUCUGAUGGGAUCCAGUGGCUUCCAGGGACAGACUGCACACACAAAAAGCCAGUAGGCAAGUGGAAAGCUUAAAACUAUAGCUGACUUCCCCAAGCGUCCAAUUUGGGGUGUUAGUCCCACUGCUGGCUCUCUGCAGACUAAUGGUUCUCUAAGGUUGGUGCCCUUCUGCGGAGAAGGGAAGACGGGAGCUGUGAUGGAGCCCCGUGUGCUCCUGCCUGUAUGUAUGGUGUGAUGGGGAGAUCUUCACCCUCUGGCCACUCUGAGGUUUCUGGGAAUCUUCUGGCAUUGAGCUCAGCGUAGGAGUGUUGAGGAGAACUCCUGGUUCUGUCACUGGAAGUCAACUGGUCUCUGUUUCAUAACACAGAGUGAAGUAGUAUUUUUCUAUUUAAAUAUAAAAACAAAAAAAAUUAUAUAUGAAAGUGGUUUUUUUUUUUAAAAAAAGAAAAAAAAAAAGAGACGACGUUCCAAUGAGCUGGCUAGAGCAGGCAGAGCUCCUGAGGAUGCUAUCAGAGGGCCUCCAGGUGGGACUGAGGGUGAGCUUGGAGGGCUCGGUGGAGGAGACUCAGAUUUGUUGCCGUGUGGAGUGGAGUUUGCAGGAGGCGGUUCCCAGACUGGGGAAGCCCGGGGAAGCAUUUAUCACUGUAACUCGAGCAGCCACAACACGCUCACGAGCAUGUCGAUCAACAGGAGGAAGGUGUCCUGAACUAAGAGUUGACCGGUCAACUUAACUGUGUUCUGGACAGAGCUGUGGGUGUUUUACCUUUCCAGUGGGGCUAGCAUGUCACUAAAGCAGGGCUUUAUCAAAAGGAAAAAAGAAGGUUUAGAUUUUUUUUUUUUUCCUCCAUAAUGUUCUUAGUUUCUAAAACUGAAUGGUUUUACAGAGACCGUUGAAGUCACUGUUGUGUCCUGGCUCUCCGGCUGCCAGCCAUCCAGCUGUGAUGGGGGCUAGGAGAAGGGAGAGGCCACCCGUCCCUCCCCGCCAGCCCUGGCACCUCCCAGCUCAUGUUGGGGGGUUCAAACGUUCCAGGAUUUUACACUUGGGUAUCUUAGAUGGUGCCAGUUAUAUUCUGUUGCAUUUGGACUUCUUCCGAAUAGGUUUUUUUUAUAAUAAAAAAAGAAAAAAAGAACAAAACCUUAAUUCCGA